CAGCCCCUAGAAGAGAGAAUAGCUACAGAUUCUCCAUCCUCAGUCUUUGCAAAGGGACUGCUGUGCCAGCCAGGCUCGGGCAGGCUCCUGGCAGCAUGGCAGUGAAGCUCGGGGCCCUCCUGCUGGUCCUUGUUCUCAGCCUGGUGCAGGCAGCCUCGGCCCGCCGGAAGCUCCUGGUGUUUCUGCUGGAUGGUUUUCGCUCGGACUACAUCAGCGAUGAGGCCCUGGAGUCCUUGCCUGGUUUCAAAGAGAUUGUGAGCAGGGGGGUAAAAGUGGAUUACUUGACCCCAGACUUUCCCAGUCUCUCUUAUCCCAAUUACUACAGCCUAAUGACUGGUCGCCAUUGCGAGGUCCAUCAGAUGAUUGGGAACUACAUGUGGGACCCCUCCACCAACAAGUCAUUUGACAUAGGUGUCAACAGAGACAGCCUCAUGCCUCUCUGGUGGAAUGGAUCAGAACCUCUGUGGAUCACUCUGACCAAGGCCAAAAGGAAGGUCUACAUGUACUACUGGCCAGGCUGUGAGGUUGAGAUUCUUGGUGUCAGACCUACUUACUGCCUAGAAUAUAAAAAUGUCCCAACGGAUAUCAAUUUUGCCAAUGCAGUCAGCGAUGCUCUUGACUUCUUCAAGAGCGGCCAGGCGGACCUGGCGGCCGUCUACUACGAGCGCAUCGACGUGGAAGGCCAUCACUACGGGCCCUCGUCACCGCAGAGGAAAGACGCCCUGAGGGCUGUGGACACCGUCCUGAAGUACAUGACCAAGUGGAUCCAGGAGCGGGAGCUGCAGGACGAUCUCAACGUCAUCAUCUUCUCAGAUCACGGGAUGACAGACAUUUUCUGGAUGGACAAAGUGAUCGAGCUGGAUAAGUACAUCAGCCUCCAUGACCUGCAGCAGGUGAAGGACCGAGGGCCAGUCGUGAGCCUGUGGCCGGCGCCUGGGAAGCAUUCUGAGAUAUAUAACAAAUUGAGAACUGUGGGGCACAUGACUGUCUACGAGAAGGAAGCCAUCCCGAGCAGGUUCUAUUACAAGAAAGGAAGAUUUGUCUCUCCUUUGACCUUAGUGGCCGAUGAAGGAUGGUUCAUAACGGAGAAUCGAGAGACGCUUCCGUUCUGGAUGAACAGCACUGGGAAGAGGGAAGGCUGGCAGCGCGGAUGGCACGGCUACGACAACGAGCUCAGGGACAUGAGGGGCAUCUUCCUGGCCUUCGGACCCGAUUUCAAAUCCAACUUCAGAGCCGCUCCCAUCAGAUCCGUGGAUGUCUACAACGUCAUGUGCAACGUGGCAGAUAUCGCCCCCCUGCCCAACAAUGGGUCCUGGUCCCGGGUGGCCUGCAUGCUGAAGGACCCGGCCAGCUCAGCCCCGGCCACGCUGCCGAGCGCCUGGGCACUGGCCUCGGUCCUACUGGCACUGCUGGCCUAGCAGCUGGCGCCGUUGUCCCAGACGCCCAGCGCAUGUGCCCCAGGGGGGAGAGGGUUGCCCUUUUCUAUUGUAGUAAUAGCUUCAUUCAUUCAAUCAAAGCCAUACAACUGUAAAUAUAUUAUUCUUGGAUGAUUCUA